UCAUGGCAACUGCAGCCACAGUCUCGCCUCCCGCUCGUAGCGGUAGGCACGCUGCUCGCCCGUUUCCCGAGCGGCCGAGCCGGCGAGCGAUGCCCGAAAGCGAGGCUGCCUAUCGCGCUCCGUCUGUCCCCUGCAGCAGCAGCAGCAGCAGCGCCUUCGCCACCUCUUCUCUCGGCCCGAACGGCAUAGGCGGCGGCGGCGGCGGUGUUGAAGGAAGAGGAGGAGGACGUGACCGAAGCCGCAGGAGCGACUCACGCUCCGUUUUGAUAACGAUGUUGGCAGCCGCCGUUGCCUGAGUGCUGCCUGCUCUGGAGAGCCUCUGGACUCCCCGAGGCAAAGUUUGUUCUGGCUGUCGCCGCCCCUUUGCUCUGGACUUAAACGCGCGCGAGCGAGGGAGAUUUAAUUUAAUUGGGGGAGGGGACGGGCAAUUCUGGUGUGGGGGUUACGCCGCGCCUUCUCCUCCGCCUCCUCGGCUUUUCCUCUGCCCACCCUCCUCCUCCUAUCGCCGCGGCUGCUGAAUAAGAAGACCCAGAAGAAGAGGAACGCUUUGGGGACGGGGCGGUUGGCGGAGAGCUUGCCUGGCCUCUCUGCCACCAGGACCCAUCAGAUCCGGAGAAGCAGAUCCUCUUCUGAUCGACGCACCUCUGUGAAUUGGAGCGGCAGCCUUGCGCCGGGAGCCGACCGGGCAGCCUGCGAUCCACCUGUCUUGAGGAUUUAGAGCCGCCCCGACGUAUCUUCUUGGCUCUCCUGUUGCGGGACUUUGAUUGCUUUAUCCGAGAGCCGGGAAGGAUUUCAAUCCUCCCCUUUCAUUGUUGCUGAGAAGGACGGGGCCAGCUUUUUGAAGUCUGCCCUCCCUCCCUCCAGUCGCCCGUUCGUUUCCCCCGCCGACCCUUCCUCGCACCAGCAGGCAAGAAACAGAAGGAAGAGACGGAGAGAGAGAAAAGAGACAAUGAAGAUUUCGUGGCUAACUUUCGCCUUCCUUUGGGGAAGCAUUUGCACACGAUCUGGCCAGGGAGAGGCAGAGACAAGAGAAUGCAUUUACUACAAUGCCAACUGGGAGCUGGAGAAGACCAACCAGAGUGGAGUGGAGCGUUGUGAAGGUGAAAAAGACAAGCGCCUACAUUGCUACGCGUCCUGGAGAAACAACUCGGGAUCCAUCGAACUAGUGAAGAAAGGAUGUUGGCUUGAUGACUUCAAUUGUUAUGACAGGGAAGAAUGUGUGGCCACAGAAGAGAAUCCACAAGUAUAUUUCUGUUGCUGUGAAGGGAAUUUCUGCAAUGAAAAGUUCACUCACUUACCCGAACCGAAUGGCCCACAAGGUUCUGAAAAAAGGAGGCUGGCUAUGAAAAGAUACGAAGAACGGUUGCAGAAAUUGGUUUCACUGCAGAUUCUUGCAGAUGUUGCUGUUCAGAAUUUCUUGUUCUGGAGACAUGUUGAACCAUCUUCAAAACAACUGCCGUUUGUUAAUGAUACCCACUUAAGAGAAAUGGUUUAUGAGCCACCGCCGCCAAAUGCCUCCCUACUCCAUGUUGUGGUUUAUUCCUUGUUUCCCAUGACUGCUCUCUCCAUUGCCAUCUUGCUCGCUUUCUGGAUGUACCGUCACCGCAAACCUCCGUAUGGGCACGUCGAUGUCAGUGAGGACCCUGGCCCCCCACCUCCUUCUCCGAUGGUUGGACUGAAACCCUUGCAGCUGUUAGAGGUCAAAGCCAGAGGACGUUUUGGCUGUGUCUGGAAAGCACAAUUGAUGAAUGAGCAUGUGGCAGUGAAAAUCUUCCCCGUACAGGACAAGCAGUCUUGGCAAAGCGAGAGGGAUAUCUUCAACACCCCGGGAAUGAAGCACGAAAACCUUUUGCAAUUUAUUGCCGCCGAGAAGAGAGGAACAAACUUGGAGACAGAGCUGUGGCUCAUCACAGCUUUCCAUGAGAAGGGGUCCUUGACUGACUACCUGAAGGGGAACGUUAUCAACUGGAAUGAGCUCUGCCACGUGGCAGAAACCAUGGCCCGCGGACUCGCCUAUCUGCAUGAGGACAUCCCUUGGUGCAAGGGGGAAGGACAUAAGCCUGCUAUAGCCCACAGGGAUUUCAAGAGCAAGAACGUGCUGCUGAAGAAUGAUUUAACUGCCGUGCUUGCUGACUUCGGACUGGCCGUACGCUUUGAACCCGGGAAGCCUCCAGGAGAUACUCAUGGACAGGUGGGAACCAGAAGAUACAUGGCUCCUGAGGUUCUGGAAGGAGCCAUUAAUUUCCAACGAGAUUCUUUCCUGAGAAUUGAUAUGUAUGCCAUGGGCCUGGUAUUGUGGGAGUUGCUUUCCAGAUGCACAGCAACUGAUGGUCCCGUGGAUGAGUACUUACUGCCUUUCGAAGAAGAAAUUGGCCAGCACCCAUCUCUUGAGGAGCUGCAGGAGAUUGUGGUCCAUAAGAAGAUGCGUCCUGUGUUCAAGGACCAUUGGUUUAAACAUCCUGGCGUAGCCCAGCUGUGUGUUACAAUUGAAGAAUGCUGGGAUCAUGAUGCGGAGGCCAGACUGUCAGCCGGUUGUGUGGAAGAGCGCAUCGCCCAGAUUCGCAAAUCAGCCAAUGGUAGUACCCUCGACUGCCUUGUUUCCAUCGUGACCUCUGUCACCAACGUAGAUUUGCUACCCAAAGAGUCAAGUAUCUAAAUCCUUGUUUGCCUUUUUUUUUUUUCCCCACUGGUCUCUUCAGACGCAGUGGAUUUUUUUUUUUUCCGAAAAAAAAAAAAAAUUUGCAGAAUUCAACACACACACACACGCAUACAUAUACAUGAAUGCAGCUGCUAUUUUCUUGACUUUUCUUGCUAUUGUUAUUAUUUGUUGUGUUGUUGUUGUUGUUUUGAUUGAAUCAAUUUACCAGCAUAUUGCUCUACUGUAUUGAAAAGAGAAAAAUAAUAAUAAUUAAGAGAAAGACAUCUGUUUGAAAGCGUCCAGGUGCCGACUAAUGAAUGCAGUUACAGUGCAGGUACCUCAGAACCUCAGCGAACUCUCUUCGUUUCUUUUUCAACCUGUUUUCUCUUCUUAACUAACCUGCAAUUUUUACACCAAAUAUCAGUGAUAACAAGAAAACAAUCUAUUCAUCUUCUUAUACAUGCUGCAAAAUCAAGACUGUUCCACGAGAUAACACCUCUCAAAAAACGGAUCCCCCCUCCCUACUACUACUACUACUAUUCCUUUCUUUUCUAUUUUAGACAGUGAGCUUAAAAAGAAAAAAGCAGAUGUGUCUUUUACGGGUCUAACGGGUGUUGCGUUCUUUGGGGGGGGGGAGUGAUUGAGUCGAGAAUAUUAACUCUGAUGGUAGAAUUGAAAAUGAGAAGUUAGGGCUGGGUGGGGAAGAGAGGCGUUGGACAUUUGCAGCAUUUGGAGAAACAGUGGCUAAAGAGUUACUUCUCAGGAAAUCAGUUAAUGAGAGGACGGGCAAGUUUUGAGGCAUAUUAAAACUGCUACAACAUGCAGAAAAAGUUGGGUCACAAAAUCACUGAUACAAAUGGAUUCUUAAAAAUAUCUCAGGCUUGGGUAAUGUUAAAUGAAACCAACCCUUUCUAUUACAUUUAUAAGUUCAGAGAAUGAGGUCUUAGGAUUCCAUAACUGCAGAUUUCCCUCAGUUGUCUAAUAGGGCAAAGUUACAGCCCUAAACAAUUUUUCUGCCAUUUUAAUAAAUAAAUAAAUAAAAACCAUGAAAGACAACAAGCAUCUAACCUGGAGCUUUAAAAAGACCAGUGUAUCCAGUUAUGUAUUGGCAUUUGGUAUUCAAUGUCAUUCAUGAUGUGAAACAACCUUUGUUUGAAGACUCAUUGAAAUCAGUAAAACUUACUUCCAAGUAAAUGUAGCCAGGACUAAUAAAAUUCAAUCUUCAAUCUCUUAGAUCUUAAUAUCUGCAGGGCAAAUGUCAAGGCUGUUUAGCUGCAUUAUGACUAUCAGACAUUGUAAAGGAAGAUAAACAUUCCCCAUUAAGGACACAUAGAAAUGCCAUCACUGAGUCUUCAUGGGAAUUGUACGUGUGCGUGUAGAUAUAUAUAUAUAUAUAUAUAACAAAAUCAAGAUGGCAGCUGUGAUCAUGGCCAUCUUAAGUAUUUUGACACCUUCUCUGGACAUGUCUCCAUAGUCCUUUGGCAAAAGUCAUGGCGGUUGAAUACAGUUGAAUACAGUUGUCUAUCUUUCUUUGAUUUAUAGUAAGAAUAGGUAUAGUUUAGGCCAAUGUUUCUCAACCUUGGCAACUUACAUCUUUUAUAGAGUUCUGUUUCUAAGUAUACUUUCACACUUUACAUAAAUUCCUUUGCUUUCAACACAGCUCACGUCUGGUUGAAAUUGAUGGGUUUUGAUUUUUCUUGAUUCUUCAUUCUCUGAAGACUGUCACCCAACUUUUUCGUCUUAACAGUGGUGCAUAUUUUCAAUACUCUUAAUUCUACUAUGCCAUAAAAUCUGCUCUAGUCAGUGAAUACUCCUAAUGCUGCCAAUAUAACAUUUAAAUAUUUUUUUAACCUGCAAGACAUGCAAUGAUUUAUAAAAAAAAACUUAGAAUACACAUACACAUGAAGUGGCUUUUGAGGUUUAACUAAAAAAAAAAAAAACCUUCAUGACCACAGACCACCUCAAACCAGAAAUACCUCAAAAUUUUCUACUUGUAUGAGUUUUAUUAUAUAUUUUGUUAGUUGUGUUAUCUUGGAGUAUGUAAAUUUUAAUGUAAGUUGGCUUUUAUGAAAAGGGAGUUUUAAAAAAAGAAGAAGAAAAAAGAAAAAAUUUCCCCAAUCUUUUAGAAAAUGCUACCACUUCUUUUCUUUUUCUUUCUAUAAAGCACCAUUGUAAAUAUAUGUAAACAAUUUUAGAGGAAUUGACUAUACAAGAUUCCUGGACAUAUUCACCAUUACUUGUGAAGGCUUGUUUCCAUUUAAAAAAAAUAAAUUGGUGGGAGUAGUAGGAGCACAAGUUGUUUUAGCAAAGAAUUAUUAGUACAGCAUUUCCUUUAUUAAAUAUUUUCCCCAGGAGAUGCUAAUCAAAUUAUUUUCUUUAGAUUUGUUAUUCAGCUAUUGGUUGACUGACACCCGGUUAACGCAAUACAAAUUUUAUCAUUCAGUAAGAACACAAAGGUUGCAAUGCAAUUCCUUUUCCCAAAGCAUUUUAAUUAAUUGUAGGAGAAUAUCAAGAGAAGCUUUUCUAACAAAUAAAGAACAGCAAAAGGAAACUAAUCUUGCCAAGUGGGCGUGUGGAAGCAGAGGUGCCCAAAACAAACUGCCUUUUUUGCUUUGUAAGACAAGAGGAGAGUUGCUUUUGAUUGCUUAUGAAUGUGUAAAAAACCCCCAACAAAACUUUCACUCUGCAUGAUUCUUGUAUCUGUUUCAAGGGGGGAAGAAUUGAAAUUUGUGAUUUUAUCCUUUUCUUGGGAAACAGCUGCCUCUCUAAUAAGGAAGCAGAAAUACUGAUGCUUCUUCUCUUUGCUCAAUGCUUGAAUCUCUAAACUAUUUAAGGUAACCAUGAGCAACCCUGAAAUACGUUAGGUUUGCUUUUGCAUAAGUUAAAAUUAAUUGAGGAAGAUGAGUUAAUUUAUUACUUCAAAAAUGGUUGAAGAUGGCAAAUGCAGACACCUUUUCUGAACUUCAGGAGUGGGCUUCUGUUAGGGAACAAGUGGUGACAUGUAUGUGAUCAUACAGAUGCCAUAAUGUAUAUAUUUUGUCUCAGGUGUCCUGCAACUUGUACAUAGUGGUGGCAUUUUCAGAAUUACAUCACUGUGCAGAUGUCAUUUUGGUGUCACUGCAGCUUCUGCAGGCGCCGUGAACUUCUUGGGGAUUUAUUCAACAUUUGUUGGUGACUAGUAUGUUAAAAGACUAAUUUUGCAUAUGAUUGAAAUAGUAUAAUAGUUUCAUUGGUCAUGGACUGUCCAUUUUUUUCCGGAAUUGACUUUUAUCGUUUUUCACUCUGAUUUAUAUCAAGAUUAAGCAUCUGAUUGAUUCAGAAACCUGAUUUGGCACUGGCUCUAUUAAGAAAAAACAAUCUUAAAAGAGUCGGUGAUUUAAUGCAUUCAGAAUAUACAAGAAAGUGGUUGGCACAUUUGCUCUGCAAAGCCUCAAGCCACCGUGGAGACUCAAACUAAGACAACAUGGGGACCUACCCAUGUCUUGUGACUUGCCAAGUUAUUAGCAACUCCUUUGAUUUUUACAGUCUUGGUGUAAGCAAUUUUUUGAGCAGAGACUAUAAUUUUACAUACGGGAGUAGCAGGCUUUAUUUGGAAGGCUACCAAUUAGGAGGCCUCAUCAAAGUUCUAAUUUAUGUCUUUAUGGAUGAUAAUGUUGCCCUUAACAACAGAGGCUUCAGGAAAAACAAAGUGAAGGAAAAUAGAUCCAUUAA